CUUGGUCUUCCCCUGCCUGCGCCUCCCAUCAGAAUGAGAAAUAGGACCUAACUUAAGGAAGCCGGCAGUACAAACGGGUACCGGGUUCUGGACUCCGAACCCCAAAGAGAGGACUCCGGGUUCCCACUUCUGGCUCCUUCCUGCGCUGUCCAUCCUUCUAAUGAGGGCCUUUCAGAAAAAUGAGCUGGCACGUGUGAAGAGUCCACUGAAGGUCACAACUACAUGAGUCACUCUGUGUCACUGCAGCACAAUCUCCAGGGUGUGAACGGAAUGUCUGUGGAUGAGAAGCCUGAAUCCCCCAUGUAUGUUUAUGAGUCCACAGUCCACUGCACCAAUAUCCUCCUGUGCCUCAAUGACCAGCGGAAGCAGGAUAUUCUCUGUGAUGUGACUUUGAUCGUGGAAGGCAAGGAGUUCCGGGCCCACAGGGCCGUACUGGCCGCGUGCAGCGAAUACUUCUUGCAGGCGCUCGUCGGGCAGACGGAAAAUGACUUGGUCGUCAGCCUACCCGAGGAGGUCACGGCCCGGGGCUUCGGCCCGCUGCUCCAGUUCGCCUACACCGCCAAGCUGCUGCUCAGCCGGGAGAACAUCGAGGAGGUGAUCCACUGCGCCGAGUUCCUGCGCAUGCACAACCUCGAGGACUCCUGCUUUCGCUUCCUGCAGACGCAGCUGCUGAACAGCGAGGAUGGCCUCUUCCUGCGCAAAAGGGACACCCCGUGCCAGCGCAUGCACGACGCCGAGAACUCGGAGGGGGAGGAGGAGGAGGAGGACGAGACGAUGGAGUCGGAGACGUCGAAGGUGUCCUGCCCGAGGGAGAGGAUGACGCCCUCGGAGCCGGCGGCGCCCGUGGCCGAGGGCGAGAGGGGCGUGCCCCCGCCCUGCCCUGACGUGCCGGCCGCGGGCAAGGACCACGUGGCCGGAGACGCGCUCCCUCGCUACCCGAGAUACAAGAAGUACCAGCUGGCCUGCGCCAAGAACGUCUUCACCGCCCCCCUCAUCGGUACCUCAGGUUUUGCGAGCACAUUCGGCGGAGAGGACCCCGGGCCCGGCCUCCGGACGGCCCUGGUGCUGGGCCAGAUCAAGAGCGAACCUCAGGGCGAGGAGAACGAAGAGGAGAGCGUCACCCUCUGCCUGUCGGCGGACGAGCCCGACGGCCGGGACAGAGAGGGGGACGUGGACAUGGACGGCAGGGAGCCGCCGCGGCCUACGUGGACCGGCGGCCCCCCCGGCGGCGGCGCCUCCCCGCCUCCCCGCCUCCGGCCCUUCUCGGACGGGACGAAGAGCGCGGACUCGGCCGGCCCGCCCGUCCCCUCCUCCCAGCAGCCCUUCGCCCGGAGCCCGGCGUGCCCCCCUCCGGACAAGAGGGCAUCUCAGGGUGACCACAGGACGGACUACGGCCCUCCGGCGGGCGGCUACGGGCCGCCCCCCGCCGCGCAGAAGGACGCGGCCGCCUUCGGGGCCUGCUCCCCUCUCAGGGGCCCGGGCUUCGAGGCGCCGUGCAAGCAGGAAGGCGAGCUGGACCGCAGGAGCGUCAUCUUCUCCCCGGGCGCCGGCGAGCAGGGCAGCCCCGCGCCCCACGCCUACCCCGCCGGGCUGGACAGAGAGCCCUCGGAGCCGGCGCCCAAGGGGGUAUGGCCCGGGCCCGGCCAGCCCUACCCCCACGGCGGGCCGGUCCCGGACCACGUGGCCGGGAGGCUGCGGCCCAACCCCAGCUGCCCGGUGCCCAUCAAAGUGUGCCCACGCUCCCCGCCCCCGGAGACGCGCACCCGGACCUCGAGCUCCUGCUCGUCGUACUCGUACGCCGAGGACGGCAGCGGCGGCUCGCCGUGCAGCCUCCCGCUCUGUGAGUUCUCCUCGUCCCCCUGCUCCCAGGGGGCCCGCUGCCUCGCGGCCGAGCCGCAGGAGCCGGGGCUGGCGGGGGACGGCCUCUACGGCCAGGCGCGGCCCCAGAUCAAAUGCGAGCAGUCCUACGGAACCAACUCCAGCGACGAGUCGGGGUCGUUCUCGGAAGCAGACAGUGAGUCAUGCCCCGUGCAAGACAGGGGACACGAGGUCAAACUUCCCUUCCCUGUGGAUCAGAUCACCGAUCUUCCGAGGAACGAUUUCCAGAUGAUGAUAAAGAUGCACAAGCUCACCUCAGAACAGCUCGAGUUCAUUCACGACGUUCGCCGGCGCAGUAAGAAUCGCAUCGCCGCCCAGCGCUGCCGCAAGAGGAAACUGGACUGUAUUCAGAACUUAGAAUGUGAAAUUCGCAAGUUGGUGUGCGAGAAAGAAAAAUUGCUGUCGGAAAGAAACCAGCUGAAGGCGUGCAUGGGGGAGCUCCUGGACAACUUCUCCUGCCUUUCCCAAGAAGUGUGCCGGGACAUGCAGAGCCCCGAGCAGCUCCAAGCCCUGCACCGUUACUGCCCUGUCCUCCACCCCGUGGACCUGCCCGCCGCGGCCCCCGGUAUUAACCCCAUGCCCGCCGGCUUGGAGCCGGGCCCGGCCUCGGCCGGAGAAAGGAUGCAGUGCUGCCCGGAGCCGAGCCCCGGGCCCCUGGGCACCCCCUGGCUCCUCAACAACGCGGCCGAGAACUGCACGGCGGGGAGAGGGCCGGACGGGACGGGCCGGGGGACGUUCUCGGAGAGGGGGCCCCCGCUGGACCUGGGCAGCCAGACGGUGACCGUGGACUUCUGUCAGGAGAUGACUGACAAAUGCACAACGGACGAGCUGCCCCGGAAAGAUUACUCUUAGUGGCCGCGGCGGAGGCGCGAAGCCGGCGGGGCGGGCGGGACGGCCGCGCCGACGCUCUGGCGGGUCGCCGUUCACGCGUUGUCUGGAAAGAACGAAUCUGGUGCACACUACAGUGGUCUUAGCAGCAAUACUGAAUUUUUAAGUAUUCCCUCCUCUCUCUAAGCAGGAGUUACCUUCACAAUGGUGCUAUCCCUCGCUCGCUCAAGCAGGGAAUCGAACAGUGGGAACACUGUCUGUUUUUGUAUGUUGAUUUCAAUCGUAACAGGGAUGGACACGACACCUCUGAGGACCCCCCCCAACCACACAGCUUUUCCUCUCAGUGGCCCAUGUCACCGAACCCUAUCUCAGGAAUCUCCUCUGAAUGUUCAAUUUUUCAUGGAAGACAGCUUCUAUACACAUCAAAGUUUUAUAGCUAAACUGUACAUAUUAUA